CCCGCCAGCUCAGCUCCCCUGAGCCUCCUUGGCAGCCCUGGAGGUGCUCCCCGCUGCCCUGGUGGCGGGGCUGCUGGCCGGGGCAAUGCGCUGAGCCCAGCGGGUCCGCUGUGCGUGGUACUCGGCCACGGUGUGGGCUGGGAGCGCUGCCUGCGGGAGCAGAGCCUGCACUGAUCUCUGUGCAGAGGGCAGCCCUGGCGCACUGUGGGGUGUCCUGGUGCCUUGCAGGAAUGUUUCGGCCCCGGAAGGAUGAGGCUUGCAGGCAGCAGUAGCGCUGCAAGGUGUGCUUCAAACCCAAGUAGGCAGUUGGGUUUGACCAACCUGACCCGAGAGACCACAGACAGAGCUUCAGGGGUUAAAUCAGCGUGCUGUAAAUUGAGGAACGGAGUUAUGGAAUAAGCAGUCCCGGUAAAUUCCUUGUGAUCCCAAGUGAUGGAAAAGCAGUGUGUGCACUGUGAGUCACGGCGGUGAGGAGCAGCGUCUCAAAGCGCAGUGGGGCUGCAGUGCGUGGGGCUGCGGGCACAGUGGGAGCAGUGCAGCGCUGCGGACCCCAGCUUGCUGGCAAUGGAGAGCGUCUCUUCUUCUCCAUCACCCUUCCCUGACAGCUCCCCAUCCGUGCCUUCUGGGAAUGCCACAGCCCACGACCAUUACUCCGGCCUCCAGAAGAGCCUGCAUGUCCUCUCCAUGGUGGUGUACAGCAUUGCCUGUGUGCUGGGGGUGACGGGGAACGGCCUCGUCAUCUGGAUUGCAGGCUUCAAGAUGAAGAAGACGGUGAACUCAGUGUGGUUCCUCAACCUGGCCAUCGCCGACUUCAUCUUCACCUUUUUCCUGCCCCUCAGCAUUGCCUACACCGCUCUGGACUUCCACUGGCCCUUUGGGAAGCUGCUGUGCAAGCUGAACAGCACCAUCGCCUUCCUUAACAUGUUCGCCAGUGUCUUCCUCCUGAUGGUCAUCAGCGUGGACCGCUGUGUGUCCGUGGCCUUCCCCGUGUGGUCCCACAACCGCAGGAGCCCAGAGCUGGCGGCCAGGGUCGCACUGGGGACGUGGGGCAUGGCUGUCCUGCUCAGCUCCCCAUACCUCAUUUUUCGUGACACCGCGGUCAGUUCCCGUAACAUCACCAGCUGCUAUAACAACUUUGCGCUGUCUGAUGACUACACGGCCGAGGAGACACGGAGGCUGUGGAGGAUGCGGCACAAAGCGAUGAUCAUAACACGGUUCUUAUGUGGGUUCCUCAUCCCCUUCACGGUGAUUCUUAUCUGCUACAGCAUUGUUGCUGUCAAGCUGAAAAGAAGGCAGCUAGCCAGCUCUGCAAAGCCAUACAGAAUUAUCAUUGCCGUCACAGUCUCAUUCUUCCUCUGUUAUUUCCCCUAUCAUGUCUUCUCCUUGCUAGAAAUAUCUCAAAACUCUUCCAGUCAUGAGAUGAAAAUGGCCCUUUACAUAGGAAUUCCCUUGGUUUCCAGCCUCGCUUUCUUCAACAGCUGCAUAAACCCCAUCCUGUACGUCUUUGUGGGGCCAGAUUUCAAGGAGAAGUUUUGCCAGUCCAUCCUGUCGACCUUUGAAGGGGCCUUCACUGAGGAGUCAAUGCUGGGCAGCCUGAGCAGCAGGAGGAAGUCCAGGUCUGCCUCGGAAGCAGAAGUCCCAAGGCUCUGAGUGGGCAUGGUUCAGCAUGGGCACCACUGCAGGGCAGUUUUCUCUCUCUCUUCUCUCUUUCUUCUUCUCUCUUCUCUUCUCUUUUUUUUCCUGCUGAUUUGUCACAACAUCCCAUUUUUAGCUGGCAACCCUUUGUAAAUGUCACUGAGUCUGUGACUUUGCUGACAGGGCUCCCUUUAUUUUCCCUUCUCUCCAGCGUCCUUCAGCCAUGAGAGCAGCCUCUGAGCCCAGCAGGGUCACCUUGUAGGCACCUGAGUCUGCAUCACCACUGGGUUCACCCCCAGGGCAUUCCUAAAUGGCAAGUUAGCUGCUGAGAGGAUGUGUUCUCUGCACUUGGCAGGCUUACCUGGCAGCCAGUCUUUGCUGGGAUGCAAAAAUUCUGGGGUUCCACCAGGGGGCAAAAUUGGAUGCAGGCGUGCUGGCAGCAUGCGCAGCUGGCACUUCAGCUGACCAAGAGGAUGGAGGGAAGAGCCGCUUCAUAAAUCCCUUAUAAUUAAAUCAGUAAAGAAAAUACAUAUUUUCCUGUGCAUCAUACCAGUCUGGCACGUGGGCUGCUAAAUUUUAAGUAGAAAAUGAUUAAAUUAAAAAAAAAAGCAGCAUGAACAUGCAGUGGGAUCUGUCUGGAGGCACUUUUGCAAAUGCAACUUUUAAAGAAAUAGGAUUAAAUGAGAUGGUUAUGUGUAUUUUUGUAGGGUCUGGGCUAGCUUCAUCCUUUCCCUCCCGAGACAAGGUAUUGGUUGUGUGCCACUUACUCAGCCUUGGUGUUCAGCAUAACUGUUCCAGAGCAAUGCUACUCCACGUCUGUGUUUGACCUGCUUCUGGCCCUUGUAUAGCUGAAAUGUCUCAUUUUGUACUGUUGGUGAAUGAAUAUCAAACUCUAUUAAACUUGUUUAAAACAUA